AUGGCCGACCUGAUCAGCAGUGGGGAGCUAGGCCGGAGGCCAGGGCAGGGAAAACUAGACCUUUUAAUAGUUGGAGAUGCCACAAGAUACUUCCUGUCUGGCUCUGUACAGAAAUUCUUUUCCAACACAGCACAGAUCACCCUGACCAUUAGCAACGUGAAGAAAGUAGUUGCGCUUUUGGCUACUAAGUCGUUUGACAUAAUUUUCUUGAAGGUGACUUCCACCCUAUCUAUGGAAGAACAGGAAGUUGUCAAGUUAAUACGAUCUGAGAAGAAGAAAAACCAACAUUUGCUGUUUGUUUUUAUAAUUCCUGAAAAACUUAGAGGCUAUUUUUCAGAAUAUGGAGCUGAUAUUAGCUUCAGUGAGCCACUGACCUUGGAAAAAGUGAACAUCGUGGUAAAGUACUGGGAAGAAUAUUGCACAAAUACGGUGGAUGUGGAGAGCACUGAGACAUCUGCAGAGUACAGACUACACCUCCGGAAUUCCUGCAGUGAACUCGGGGGACAUUUUCCUACAGAUACUUUUGUUUGCUCUGAGCUUCUGAAAAGGGAACCUGGAGUUGGACUGAAGGCCCAGUUGCCCAGUCCUGAAGGAAACAGAAGGGCCUCGGCUCUUCACUCAAGCAAGGAAAAGCUGAGGAGAGAACGCAUCAAGUUUUGCUGUGAGCAGCUGCGCACCCUCCUGCCCUAUGUCAAGGGGAGGAAGAGCGAUGUGGCUUCAGUUAUUGAGGCGACGGUUGAUUACGUGAAGCAUAUCCGGGAGACCAUCUCUCCAGCCAUUAUGGCCCAGAUUACAGAAUCCUUUCAGAGCAAUAAAAGGUUUUCUAAGAGACAGAUGCCCAUCGAGCUGUUCCUUCCAUGCGCAGCCACAGCACAGAGGGAAAAUGGCAUGCUGACAAGCACUUACUCACCCGUGCAAGAGAUCCAGCUCCUGGCUGAUCAGUGCUUGAACGUGUACACCAUGCCUUCUGUAGGACCUUCGGAGGAAGCUGUAAGAGGUCAGUCAGGCUCUGGUUCAGAGAGCCCUGUUGAAGAUCUUCACAAUGCUCAAGUGCCCAGUGCAGCCCUCUCUCUUAAUUCCUACCAUGCAGUCAGAUACUGUUCUGGACCUGUCUCCCCCCAUGAUGCAGCUGCCAGAGCAAACCAGGACAUUUCCACUUACUUACCAUCUACUGUACCCAGUGUGUCCAACUUUCUUCCUCAGCACUGCAAUUCCAUGCUUUGCCAAGUACAGCCAACCAGUCCCAAUUGUCUGUACACUCCAGGCCAUGAGCUUCCAGCUAGCUCUCGUGCUGCCUCCUCCAGCACCUUACGUGAGCUCCAAGAGCCAGUCUCGGAUCACCAGGCUUCCCAGCAACCUCUUGUAUCCACUGAGCCAUCUCUGCCGCCUCAAGAGAACAGUUACUUUUAUGAAAAAUAA